AUGAUAAAAUUAUUUGGUGCUGAUACAGAUGAAAUGACUGGUGGUACAACAACAACAACAGGAACAGCAUCAACAGCAGCAACAUUUGUAUCAACAGAUGAACUUGAUGAUGAUGAAGAAGAAGAUGAUAAUGAAACUGAAUUACAACUUGAUGAAGAAUCACCAAAUUCAAGUGGUGGUGAAGAAACAAUAUCACAUUCAUCAAUAGCAACAUCAUCAAUUCAAACAAAUAAAGAUGAUCAAUCAUCAACAAAACCUAUAUCAUCAGCAGCUGCAGCUGCACGUUUAUCACGUUUAGCAAAUCAACGUAUUGAUUCAAAUCGUUUUUUAAUAUGUUCAGGAACAAAUUCUUAUAAUACAAUACGUAAAACAAAACAUGAAGUAAGACGUUUUGCAUUAUACUUAGAAGAUACAUUCGGUGAAAAUUGUCCUAUUGAUGAAUUAGAACCGGAACAAUUAUGUACUUAUUUAAAACAUUAUUUUGGUAAUGUUCGUAAAGCUGAUAAUACUGAAUAUGAACCUGAUACAUUGAGAAGUUUUAUGUUAUCAAUUGAACGUUAUUUAAAAUCACGAAAAUAUUCAUGUAAUAUACUUGAAUCACCUGUUUUUACACCAUGUAGAGAAGUUAUACAAGAAAAACGUGAUACAUGGGCAAAACCAAAUAAAAGUGUGUGCAAUUCUAAAGUUGAAGCAUUUACAUCUCAACAUGAAACAUUAUUACGUAAAAUGAAUAUUAUAACACGUGAUACACCAGAUGGUUUAUUACUUGAAUUAUUAAUAAAUAAUUCAAAAUAUUUUGAUCAACGUGGUUAUGAAUCAACAAUAAAUCGUUCAUUAUUAUGGGGUGAUCUUGAAAUAAAAACUGAUUCAACAACAUCAAUUGAAUAUAUUGAAUAUAAACGAACACCACCAAUAUCAACAAAUAAAGAUUCAACAACAAAUGAUAUACCAAUAACGAAUUUACGUGCUUAUGCAAUAUCAUCACAUCCAAAUGAAUGUCCUAUUGUUGCAUUACGUCUUUUAUCUUAUCAUCGUCCACCACAAUGUUCAAAUGCUGAUGCACCAUUUUAUCUUGUACCACGUACAACAGCUGAUCAACGUGUUUGGUAUAAAACAAUACGUGCUGGUCGUCAUCGUCUUGAUUUAUUACUUCAACAAGCUAUGCAAAAAGCUGGUAUUAAUGGAAAAUUUUCUUGUAUGAGUUUACGAAAAGGAAAAAUAAAAGGUUUACUUAUUCCAACAACAUCAUCAAAUGUUACUUCCAUUACAAAUUUAGAUAAUUCAUCAAUUUCAACAUCACCAUCAACAACAAUAAUUGAUGAAAAAUCAAAAAUUAACGCAAUUUCACCAUUAUCAAUAACAGAACAACAACAACAAUUAUCAUCAACAUUAAAUAAUCAUAAACGAACAACAAGUUCAACAUCAAAUUCUAAUUGUUCAGAAUUACUUGAUUUAUCAGCUCAUAAUAAUAAUAACAAUAAUAAUAAUGGUGUAAUUAAUUUAGCAAAAAAAAUUAAACGAGAAUCAACACCACCAUCACUUUUAUUACCAAUGCCAUGUUCUGUAUUGAAUAAUGGUACAAAUUCUAAUCAUCAACAUUUAACAUCAAUGCUUCCACUUCAACAACAAUCACAAAAUCAUCCACAACGUCCACUUGUUACUGCUGAUGAUUUACCAUCAUUAGUUGCUCAAACACCAACAUCAGUAUCAAUAUCAUCCAAUAAUAAUAAUAAUAAUAUUAAUAAUAAUAACAAUAAUAAUAAUAAUAAUAAUAAUAAUAAUAAUAAUGAUAAUAAUAAUAAUAAUAAACGUAAAUUAACAUCACAUGAUACAUUUACAGCACUUUAUUCAGCGGCACAUUUAAAAUCAUCAAGACAAUCAAAAAUGAAUCUUUUACGUAAAUAUCUUGAAGAAACACUUGGUCUUGUAGAAUUUCUUACAUUAUAUGAAUAUUUACGACGUAAUUCACAUAUUAAAUUGCAAGGUACACCUAUUGAACAUUACGAGCAUGUUUUACCUGUUUUACUCACAUUACUUAUGCUAGAAAAUACAGCAUAA